ACAGCAUACCGGCUGUCAAAAGGGGCAACAAAUGUAAACAACACGUUCAAAAACCGUGCCGGCAGAAAGCAUUUUCUCGUUUAAUUUCCAUUUUAAACACACCUUCCGUAAUGUUAUUUCGUGCAUUUCAUCGCAAACUACACCGUACGCUCCGACAGCUCGGAACCGAUGCCAAAGUCCCACCCGUUGGUACGGAGAAGGUGAAGGAACUGCUGGAAAAUGCGGCCACCUUCGAGGACAUACAAUCGGCAGAAGGAACGGAUGGCGAGUGGGCCACACUUCCGUACGUGGCCGGCACCUACAUAAACCGCGACCAGUCCAAAAAAGCCGUUCGACCAAAGAUAGAUCCACGCGAAACGAACGUGAUUCUGUUUCCCGGCCAGGGCACACAGUACGUGGGGAUGGGCUCGAAGUUGCUAAAGUUCCCGGGCGCUCGUGACAUUUUUGCCCUAGCGAACGAGGUGCUAGGAUACGAUCUGCUUAAAAUCUGCAUCGAAGGACCGAAAAGUAAGCUCGAUCAAACGAAAUACUGCCAGCCGGCCGUGAUGGUAACAUCGCUGGCCGCUCUCGAACAGCUGCGCGAGGAACGCCCGAACGCGAUUGAAAAUUGCUUCGCAACGGCUGGCUUCAGUUUGGGCGAACUGACCGCACUCGUGUUCGCCGGUGCGAUACCCUUCGACAAGGGGCUUCGGUUGGUGCAGAUCCGGGCGGAAGCCAUGCAACUUGCCAGCCAGCAGGCGAAGGGUGGCAUGGCAACGGUACUGUUCGGAGCGGAUGGACGCAUUGGGGAGGCAUGCAAGGAGGCACAAAACUGGUGCAUCGAGAAGGGUAUCGAAAGUCCGGACUGCCGGGUCGCGAACUAUCUCUAUCCCGGCUGCAAGGUGCUGGCCGGCAAUGAGGAAGCACUACAAUUCCUCGAAGCGAAUGCGAAACGGUUCAACAUACGCCGGAUAAAGCGGCUUCCGGUAAGCGGCGCAUUCCACACCGAGCUGAUGCAAUCGGCCGUGGAACCGUUUGCUGCGGCGUUGCGGAAAAUUCGCGUCGAAGAGCCACUCAUCAAUGUGCACUCGAACGUGGACGGGAAGUGUUACAAGAGUGCGGGCCACAUUGUGGGCCAGCUGCCGAAGCAGAUUGUACGGCCAGUUAAGUGGGAGCAAACGCUGCACAUCAUGUACGAACGGAAGCAGGGCGAACAUUUUCCGCGCACGUUCGAGUGUGGACCCGGGCGAGGGUUGAAGGCGAUCCUGAAGCAGGUGAAUGCGAAGGCAUGGGACACGACGCUGAAUGUGGAAGCGUAGUGCGGGGUAGAACCGAGAUCCAAACUAGGGGUUUAGUUAAUAGAGGAAUAAAAAAGUGUAAUCAAGUAAAUAAA